AUGAUCCAAUGGGGUUCGUCGUACCGUGGCAACUACCGGGCUUUACGAUCCAAUGGGGUUCGUCGCACCGUGGAUACUACCGGGCAAGAUUCUGCUGCAGGAUAUGAGGUUCGUCGCACCGUGGCAUGGGGUUCGUCGCACCGUGGAUACUACCGGGCAAGAUUCUGCUGCAGGACCUGUGUAGAAAAAAGGCAAGAUUCUGCUGCAGGACCUGUGUCGAAAAACGGUCACUUGGGAUGA